AUGAUCAACAUCUUCAACAUCAUGUUGAAGCGCUAUGUCGAUGAUACUUUCAUUGUUACCGACAGGUGUACAACCGAUUGCCUAUUGAAUUACGUGAACGCGCAGCAACCGUCUAUCCGUUUCACUAUGGAGAGAGAAGACAAUAACCGCAUUGCCUUCCUUGACACUCUUGUACACCGGGAUGAUGAGGGCCGCCUCACCACUACAGUAGUAGUCAACUUGUCCUCGCGUGUGUUGACUUCUGAUGAGACCGCGCUGCUUAGCAAAGGGCUCAACUUUGCUAUAGCUCCCAAGCGCAUACCGGCUGUUGAGAUUAUCGCUAAGAUCGAAUCGUCCAUCCGUUGCCGUUAUGCCGAAACCAUCGGCUCAGUUCGCAGAGAGGUCAACGCAAUCCUCGCCUCUGCCAAACCACCGAAAUCCAAUGUUACACCCGGCAUGCACAAAGCCUUGAAAGCGCUCAAGGAAGAAAGCACCAUUAUGAUUCUGCCAGCCGACAAAGGCCGCGCUAGCGUGGUAAUGGAUACCAGUACUUACCGUGAUAAGAUUUCCGAACUUAUUAGCUCAGGUCCUUACCGCGCCUUACGAAAGGAUCCUACCGAUUGUCUUGCUCGCAAGCUUGCAACCAUUCUCCGCGAUUUGCACAAGAAUGGUGAUAUCGACGAUGCGACCUACAGGGUACUUAGACCCACGCAAAAACAGCCUCCUAGGAUUUAUGGCUUACCGGAAAUUCACAAACCCGAUGUUCCGUUACGCCCGAUUGUCUCAUGCAUAAGCUCUUUCGCUUACAACACUUCUAAAUUACUAGCUGACAUACUCGCGCCGCUUGUUGGUAAUAAUCAACACGCCGUCCGUAACUCCGCUUCUUUUGUGGAUUUCUUGCGCAAUGAGACCGUACUUGAGCAUGAAGUCAUGGUCUCCUUCGACGUGGUAUCUUUGUUUACCAAUGUGCCCGUUGAAGCAGCAUGUGAUGUCGCCCUCCAGCGCCUGGAGGCCGACGCUAACUUACCCGACCGUACCGAUCUUUCUCCUACCCAGGUCACUGAACUUCUUCGUUUCGUGUUGAAGUCCACGUAUUUCAUGUACGAUGGACGCUUCUAUGAACAGCAAGAAGGCGCGGCCAUGGGUAGCCCUGUUUCUGCUGUUAUUGCUUACCUUUACAUGGAAUCCUUUGAGGAGGAUGCGCUUCACGCUUGCCCUCCCGAAUUCAGUCCGAGAAUUUGA